CUUUUCCCUGCGUCUGUUCAACACGCAUACAAACACCGCAAUCAUGUCUGAUAUGAACGCUACUGUCCAGGAGACCAAGGCUGGUUUCCAUGUCUCUGGCUAUGAGAAGAUCGAGUACGACUUCGAGUUCAUGGAUGGUGUCUUCGACCCCAAGAACAGCCAGUUGGCCGACUGCUACCAGCGUUGGGGCAGAGCCCUGGCAGUCAUGGAUGCCAACAUCUUUGAUGUUUACGGAGACGAGAUCCAGAAGUACUUCGACCACUACAAGCUCGAGCUUUCCAUCCACAAGACCAUGAUCGGCGAGAAGGCCAAGUCUAUUGACACCCUCUUGAGCAUCGUUGACUCGAUGAACAAGUUCGGUGUCUACCGCAAGGAGCCCGUUCUGGUCGUUGGUGGUGGAUUGGUCACCGACGUUGCCGGAUUCGCUUGUGCGGCUUACCGCAGAAACACCAACUUCAUCCGUGUGCCCACCACUGUCAUUGGUCUGAUUGAUGCUUCCGUCUCCAUCAAGGUUGGCGUCAACUACGACAACUACAAGAACCGUCUUGGUGCCUACCACGCUCCCAUGAACACCUUCCUUGACUUUGCCUUCCUCCGCACUCUCCCCGAUGCCCAGAUCCGCAACGGUUUCGCAGAGUUGAUCAAGAUCUCCACCUGUGCCCACCUCGACACCUUCAACUUGCUGGACAAGUACGGUGAGCAGCUCAUCUCCACUGGCUUCGGUCGUCGUGAUGGUGCUCCCCAGGAGGUUCGCGAUGCUGCCGACAAGAUCAACCGCGCUGGUAUCCACGAGAUGUUGAAGCUUGAGACCCCCAACCUCCACGAAAUUGGUCUUGACAGAGUCAUUGCCUACGGCCACACCUGGUCUCCUCUCCACGAGCUGAUCCCUGACCCGCCUCUCCGUCACGGUCACGCCAUCUCCAUUGACAUGGCUUACUCUGCCACUCUUGCCAACCUGAGAGGUAUCCUCAGCGACGACGAGCACAAGAGACUUCUCAACCUCUUCUCGCGUGUUGGUCUUUCUAUGGAUGACGACCACUUCACCGAGGACAUCCUCGACAAGGCCACCAAGGCUAUCCUUAAGACCCGUGAUGGCAAGCUCCGUGCUGCAGUUCCCAGCCCUCUCGGCUCUUGCGUCUUCCUCAACGAUGUCGAGGCAUCCGAGAUGAACGCCGCUCUCAAGAAGCACAAGGAGAUUAUGAAGUCCUACCCUCGCGAGGGUAAGGGUCUGGAAGCCCAUGUCGAUUCUUCCGACACUGGUUACACCACCAACAACAAGGGUGUCGAGAACAAGGCUUCAAACUCUGCCAGCAAGUCUGUCAUCAACGACGAUGUCAAGGAUGGUGUCAAGCCCGAGGGCAAGAAGACCGCCGAGAACAUGGCCAGCGGCCCCGAGGGUGUCAACGGUGUCUCGAACCCCACCACCAACGGAGCCAACUCUCUCGGUCAGGGCGAGUGCUGCUAGAUCCAUCUCUUUCGUUGAUUGAUUUGGAUUGUUCUUUGAUGAAAAAAAGCCUUUUGAUACCACCGGUCCUUGGAUGUGCCGGAACAAAAAAACAUCACCUUUAGGGGCGCAAAGCAGGCGCCUUUCAUGUAAUAAUACUUGCAUAGAUG